AUGAAAGCAACUCGCAACGUACGACCUUCAUUUAACACAGGAAUAGGGUGGCUGGGCGGUUUGAUGUACUCUGGAAUGUUCUACGUAUUAGGGCGUGGGAAGGAGCCUUGGACCCUCCAACACGGCAAGAAGGACAAUGAAAAGUUGAAGAAGAAAGAGGAAUGUAAGCCGAUAGAGUAUCCCAAGCCGGAUAACAAAAUUACAUUUGACUUAUUGUCGUCCGUUCCGCUUACGAGGACUAUUCACGAAGAAAACCAGCCGUCCCAUCUCACGCUGAAAGACGAUGAGGUUCCGGAGAAAAUCAAUCUCAAACUUUACGAUGGCCCCGAACAACGAUUCUGUCCCGCUGGUGUCUACGAAUAUGUUCCUCAAGAAAACAACCCGUCGGAAAUGCGCUUACAGAUCAAUGCUGCAAACUGUAUUCAUUGCAAAGUUUGUGAUAUCAAAGAUCCCACCCAAAACAUCAACUGGGUAACGCCUGAGGGAGGAGAAGGGCCUAAAUAUUCAGGAAUGUGA